AUGGCUUACAUAACUUAUCAUAUUAUUCUCAUUAUUGUUUCAAUAAUAAUAAUUGUCACAUCAAAACCAUGUGAUAUAUUAGAAAAUAUGUCUUGUGAAUGUCAUUCAUCAUCAAAUAAUGAAACUGAACAAUUAAGUUGUACAUAUUAUUAUACACCACUAAAUCAUACAAUACAAUUAACAAAUACAACAUUAGAAAAUCCACGUUCAUUUGAUUCAUUUCAUUUAACAUUUCAUACACGAGAAUUUAAUAUAAGUGCAAUGUUUAUUAAUCAACUAUCUUAUUUAUUUCCUCGUUCAUAUUCACCAUCGACAUCAAUUGGUAGACGAAAACAAAUAACAAUUAAAAUUAUAUUAACAUUUCAAGAUUAUCAUCAAUUAUAUUUUGAAGAUUAUUCAUUUUAUCAAUUAUUUGGUGAUAAAUCUGAUUAUCCAACAAGUCUAUCAUUAGAAUUAACAGCUAGUGGACAUAUUCAAUUUGCACCUAUGGCAUUUACACAAUUAACUGUUGAUCAAAUGUCUUUACAUAGUUCAUCAUUAGAACCAUAUUCAUUUGAAGAAAUAUUUAAUAAUACAAAAAUUGGUAGUUUAUCUCUUGAAGGUUGUACACCACGAAGUAAUAAUACAUUACGAAGAUAUUUUAAUGGUAAAAUUCGUUCAGCUAAAUUUACUAAAAUGGCUGAAAUUGUAUCAAGUGAAGAAUUUCCUAAUUAUCCUGUUAAUUCAAUGAUUAUCGAAGCACAUGAACCAAGAAAAAUCAAUGCAACAACAUUUAUGCAUUAUCAAAAUUUAUAUGGUAUUAAUUUAGUUCGACCCAAAUUUUUUUUUGAUAAUCGAUCUUUUGAUGGUUUUCAAUAUUUACCAAAUCUUGAAACAAUUGAACUCGAUGCUGAAACAAUAAAAGAUUAUGCAUUUCAACAUGUCGCACGUACACGUUUCUUUACACUUGGACAAAAUGUUCGUUAUUUAUCUGAACAUUCAUUUGAUCAUUUAGAUUAUUUAACACGUUUUGAUUUAUCAAAAAUUAUUCUUGAUCAAUUAUAUCCAUCAUCAAAAUGCAUUCUAGCACGUUAUUUACAAAAACAACAAAAAUUAAAUCCAUCAAUGAUUAUUAUUCCACCACAAGCUGAAUUUUGUGAUUGUGUUUAUGAUUUUAUUUUAAAUCUAUUAAAGAAAAAACCGGAACAAUCUUAUAUAGAUUUAUGUCAAAAUACUCAACAAGAACGUUGUCAAUUAAGUGAAUGUGAUGUUGUUAAAAAUUUUCGUAUACCAUUACAAAUAAAUAAAAUAAAUCAACAAAUAAUUCCAUCAAUUGAUGGAAGUAUUAAUGAUAUACCACCACCACCAGGAUCAUUUUAUCCAACAAAUGAUCGUAGAAUAAAUCAACAUUCGCCAUCUUAUUAUCCUCGAUAUCCACCACCUGUUUAUCAUAAUCCGGAAACACAUGAUAAUAAUAAUAAUGAUGCUUCAAUUGGUUCAUCAUAUGCAGAAACACAGGGUUCAUUCAAAACCAAUAAAUCAAGUGAUCCCAAUGAAAUAUCAGCAAAUGAUGAUGAUGAUCAAACUAUAAAUGCACGAUCACCAAUACAUAAAUCUCAAGUAAUAACCGAUAACAAAGAUGAACAAGAUCAAUUAGUUAACAGAAAUAAAAGAUUAAAAUGGAUAUCAUUAUCAUUAGUAGGUAUUACAGUUAUAAGCGUUCUUGUUGUUAGUACAAUUAUAUGGUAUUGUACUUAUCAUAUGCCAAAGAAAACGAAUAAAUCGGGAUUUCAACGUGUUCCACCAAAUAGUUCAAGCGUUUAG